UUGCGAAAAAAAAAUUGGUCCAGUCCAGACUUAGUCAGUAUGGCUUCACAUGUGUGACUUCACAUGUGUUUGGAAUGUUAAUAGUGCAUACAACUGUAGACACGUACUUUACGUUGACGCAUACAUGCUCACAUCUUAUCAAAUUCAUUGUGAACCAAAGAUCAUUUCAACUACCGAAGUUCAAUCAUUAACAGUUACUCGCUAAAAAAUAAUACCCAGUGUCACUUAAGAUAUUUAAUUAAAUUAUCUUUUUUGUUCAAAUAACUAAUGCUCCGAUUUAAUAAUAUUUUAUUGUGGCAUUUGAUAACAAUUAAUAUACUCUAAGAUUUUUUAGUUUGUCAGAACGUGUCAAACGAAUGCCGAUAGUGGCAUUGUUAAAUGAUAAUUGAUAAUUCAGAAUGGCAACUCCCACAAACAACCGGAAACCUGGAGUUAUAAUCUUAGGAGGAUGUGGUUUCAUUGGAAGGAACCUUGCGGCUUACCUGGUAGAAAAAGAACUAGUUUCUUACAUUCGAAUAGUAGAUAAAGUACCUCCACAAACUGCUUGGCUUAAUAAAAAACACCAAUUAAUAUUUGAGAAUCCAAUAAUUGAAUUCAAAAGUGCUAAUCUAAUCAACCCUGUUUCGUGUCAAAAUGCUUUUGUUGCUGAUAUUCCGAUUGAUUAUGUUUUCAAUUGUGCGGGAGAAACUAAGAGCGGUCAAACAGAUCCUGUGUACCGAGAAGGUAUUUAUAAAUUGAGCAUCAAUUGUGCUCAACAUGCUGCAAAACUUGGUGUCAAACGGUUUGUCGAAAUUUCGUCGGGUAAUAUGAGCUCAUCGGAAAAGGCUCCCCACAAAGAAGAUGAUCCAACAGAUCCAUGGACAUUCAUUGCUAAGCAUAAAUUACAAGUAGAAAAUGAUUUAAAAAACAUUCCAGGACUUAAAUACACAAUACUCCGUCCAGCAAUUGUUUACGGAAUAGCUGAUAAAAGUGGUCUAGCUCCGCGUCUGGUCGUUGGUGCUGUUUACAAACAUUUAGGAGAAAUGAUGAAGUUACUGUGGGGACCAAAUCUUCACAUGAAUACAGUUCAUAUUAUUGAUGUUGCUAGAGCAUUAUGGCACGUAGCUACCAGAGAUGACACUAUUAGUCAAGUUUAUAAUGUGGUUGACGAAGAUGAUUCAACCCAAGGUUCUAUAAGUGCUAUGGUUUCAGAGUUAUUUAAUAUUAACCAUGACUAUUGGGGUAAUACACUUUCUACGUUGGCAAAGACGGAUAUGAGUACAGUUGUUGAAGAAGUUAAUGAUAAACACAUGGGUCCGUGGGCAGAAGCUUGUAAUAAUGAUGGUAUAGAAAAUAGUCCUUUGUCGCCAUACAUUGAUCAAGAGUUGCUUUACAACAAACAUCUUUACUUAUAUAAUGGAAAACUGUUGAAAACUGGGUUUAAUUAUAACUAUCCAAAAGUCACCAAGGAAUUAUUAAAAGAGAUUCUCGAUGACUAUGUAACGAUGAAAAUCUUUCCACAUUCUCUAAUGCUGUAAAGACUAGAUAAACUGCCAAUGCUCGAUGAUGCAAUAAUGACUAUUCCAAUAAGGCCUAGAAUUAUAAAUUUUAGAUCCUUAUGUCUGUCAAAAAGAUAUGAAUUUUCACCUCGUGCCUAAUAUUUUAGCUGAUUUAUACAUUAGACUAAUGCGUUAUGUACUUCAUUGAUAUUUGGCAAUUUAUUGAUAUUUUUUCAUCAAUUAUUAUUGUAAAUGACUAAAUUUAAAGAAGACAUCACGUUGCUAAGAAUUAACAAAACUUUAACUCAACAUAUAAUAAGUAAUUUAUUAAAAUUUAUUAGGUAAUAUUAGAUGAAAUGAAAUGAUUUUCAUAAUAAAAUGUUUACUAGAAGUCAAUGUCAAUCUAAUAAAUAUGAAGAGUCUACUACUGUAUUGUGAUAAACAGAGGAACGCACGUACUUAACAUUCAUCGCCUCAAAAUUCGAUAGAUUUAAUCUAGUCAAGAGGCCUAAAAAAUGAGUUUAAUGAAUUUGAUAAUUUAAAAUGACAUGACAUUCAAUGUAGGCAAAAUAAUAUCAGUCUAUCUAAUUUUUUUAGAUAAUAAUAUAGAUUCUAAGUGCUAUUUGCACAAUUUCUUAAAUAGUGUAUUAAGAAUAUACAAAGUCGUUUUUUUAAAACUUUGUAGACAUUUUAUAAAGAUAAUUUACUUAGCAUUCCAAUUUUGAGAUAAAAUACUUUUAACGUGAUAAUGCGGAAAAAAAAUAUUAAAAAAUUGAGUGAGUACAAAUAUUUUUAUUAAUCAUGAUUAAAUUGUUACUAAAAUUAAUGUAAUGAAAUUUUUGCUGUUGUUACAUCGCUAAAUUAAAAUUGUAUUGAAAAUAUUAGAAUAUUACAUAAAAGUUAAACAAGCAAUACGCAUAAUUAAAUCGAACUGACAGACAAACUUUCCAUAUAAAAGUUAUUGUACUAUUUAUUAAACGUGGUAUGCUACCAUAUUUUGAUAAUAAAUUUGCUCACAGAUCGAUAAA